AUGGCCGCCAUCUCAGACACAAACGCGGCAGCAGGCCCCUCAACCUCGCCCUCACCAGCACCCUCAAUCCAUGAGCUCCAGCCCGAGAUCAUCAUCAUCGGAGGCGGCAUCGCCGGCUGUGCGCUCGCAUACUCGCUGUCCCAUGCAGGACGCAAGUGCCUCAUGGUCGAGCGCGACCUGUCCGAGCCCGACCGUAUUGUCGGCGAGCUCCUCCAGCCCGGCGGCGUCGCGGCGCUCGAGCAGCUGGGUAUGGCCUCGUGCCUCGAGGGCAUCGACGCUACCCCCGUAGAGGGAUACUGUGUCCUCUCGGGCGACCGUGAGGUCGGCAUCCCAUACCCCGACCUGGCGUCGUUUGUUGGCGACAAGCCAGAAUCGAAUGGCGCUGCCAACGGAAAGGCCAACGGAGCUGCCAACGGCCACACCAAUGGCCACGCCAACGGCCACGUCAACGGCACCAACGGUACCAACGGCGCUGCCGAGCCUGAAAAGUGGAUCAUCCCUUCCGGCAGCGGUCGCAAGGAAGGCCGCUCGUUCCACCACGGCCGGUUCAUCCAGAAGCUGCGCGCAAAGUGUCUCGACGAGGCGCCCGACCUCGACGUGCUCGAGGCGACGGCGCGCGACCUGGUCUUUUGCCCACACACCAACCAGGUGAUCGGUGUCUCUGUCGCCAUCAAGAGCGGCGGCGACGAAAAGCCCACCGUCAAGAACAUUUACGCGCCGCUCACCAUCGUCGCCGACGGCUGCUUUUCGAAGUUCCGCUCCGUGCCCGGCACGCGCACGCCGGCGCCUGUGCUGCGCUCGCAUUUCGUCGGCGUCGUGCUCAAGGGCGCCGACCUGCCGCUCAAGUACUGCGGUACCGUGUGCCUCACGCCCAUGGGCCCCGUGCUGCUGUACCAGAUCGGCGACAAGGCGCGCGAGAUCCGCAUGCUCAUGGACGUAAAGGGCAAGCUGCCGUCCGUGGCCGACGGAAGCCUCAAGCGCUUCCUCAUUGAAAACUACGUGCCGCACCUCCCCUCGGCGCUGCACCCUGCCAUCCUCAAGGCGCUGGACGAGACGCGUAUCCGCUCGAUGCCCAACUCGUUCCUCCCGGCGUCGAUGCAGGGUGUGUCCAACUCGCUGGCCGGGUGCAUCCUCGUCGGCGACGCGUGGAACAUGCGCCACCCACUCACGGGCGGCGGCAUGACGGUGGCCUUCCACGACGCCGUGCUGCUCACCAAGAUCCUGUCGCCCGACGACGACCUGCCCGCGGGCCGCGAGGGCCUGGAGAGGUGGGACGUUGUCGCCGACCGGCUCAAGGACUGGUUCUGGGACCGCAAGAACCUCGCUGGCACAGUCAACGUCCUCUCCAUCGCGCUGUACGACCUGUUCGGCGGGUCCAACGACGACCUCGCCGUCCUCCGCGAGGGCUGCUUCAAGUACUUUGAGCUCGGGGGCGAGUGCGUGUCGGGCCCCGUGGGCCUGCUGUCGGCGCUCGCGCCCCGCCCCUUUGUGCUCUUUUACCACUUCUUCUCGGUCGCGUUUUACAGCAUCUACAUCAUGCUCACGCUCGGCGUGCCCGGCAAGGACGGCAAGCUCGUCGCGCCCACGUGGCUCCAGACACCGGGACUCUUCCUCUACGGCUUCAAGGUCAUUUACACCGCCGCCGUCGUCUUCCUCCCUGUCAUGUACAGCGAGAUCAAGAUCUAG